GGUAAAAGAAAAGGAAGAAAACAUGAAAGCGAAUGCUGGAGAUUCUUCUACUUGCACGUGGGAGCUGAGAAAGCAUCGUCCAAAUUGCAUUUGUUUAUACGUUUUCUCCCCUUUCGGGUCUGAGGCAGUUUUCCUCUCGCUGAGUUAGGGCAUCCGAGUUGACUCAGCAAUUCCACCAGCCACAGCCAGAGGGUAUCUAAUGUUGUAUACUUGUUUUUCUGUGUCUACUCGUAGAUGCCAUACCCAAGAGAAAGAAGGUCCGCUUCGCCACACAACUCUCCUUCACCCGUCAGAGGCCGCCGGUCGAGAUCAUUGUCGAGGUCUAGGAGAAGUCGUUCUAGGAGCCAUGAAUCUGUCGAUGCAUCCAAUCCUGGAAACAACUUGUACGUAACAGGCUUAUCCACAAGGGUUACCUCCACUGAUCUUGAGAAAUUUUUUAAUAAACAGGGGAAGGUACUGGACUGCCAUCUGGUUACAGACCCUCGCACCAGAGAAUCCCGUGGAUUUGGCUUUGUCACAAUGGAAACUGUUGAGGAUGCAGAACGCUGCAUCAAAUAUUUGGAUCGGUCUGUGCUUGAAGGUCGAUUAAUUACAGUGGAAAAGGCAAAAAGGAAACGAGGGAGGACUCCAACUCCCGGAAGGUAUCAAGGUUUGAGAGAUAAACGAGAUGCAGGACGUGACCGUGACCGUGAUCGUGAUCGUGAUCAUGACCAUAGACGAUCUCGAAGCUAUUCACCUCGCAGGUUGCAAGACAGAGAUCCUUAUCCCAGGGACCGCCGAGGAAGAUCACGCUCUCCAUAUGGUAGGAGGGCGGAUGAACACUCGCACUCGUACAGGAGGCGCAGGGAACGCUCCUUGUCAGGGGGCAGAAACCCUAGAUAGAGAAAAUCCAAAUUUCUAAUCGUCCCCUUGCAUUUAUUUGUUUUACAAUUUGGUGUGAGGUUUUGGGAUCUUUAGUUUUAUUCUGACCAAGUAUUUCUCCAAUGUUGUUGUACUUGUGUAUUGUGUUCGUAUUCUUAAUCAAGUUGUAUGCAUCUUCCAUUUUA